AGCCCAUCUAAUUUGACGACAUUAUUGCAAUUAGCCCCGAGGCAUCUCCUGUCAACGACUCAAUAAACGGAGAGAGUCACGGUUCACGAACGGAAAAAUUGAAGUCCCCAGGCAAUAGAACCCUAGAACAAGAACGUAACGUCGAUGACUGAACAGUCGAUCGCAAUCCCUGAAGAAGCAGAAAAUGAUAAUCAUACCAAAAACGGAAAUGAUAAUGAUGAUAUUAACAACAAUAAUGAGGAAUCGGGACGUCUAAUGGCGAAGCGGAAGGAGAGGCGAAAAGCGGCGAAGAAGGAGAAGAGGAAACAGAAGCGGAGGGAGCUGGCCGAGCUGGAGCGGAGAGAUGAGGAGGCCCAACUCAAUGAUCCUGUUGUGCAACUGCAGCUUCAGGUUGAGGAGGAGAGAGAGAAGGAAAGAGCUGAAAGAGAGAGAAAAGAGUUCGAGGAGAGAGAGAUGAUGUUGCUGGAAGCAUGGGAGAGAAAAAGAGCUCAAGAAGCCGAAGAAGAGGAGAGGAGAAAAGCUCUUGAAGAAGAAGAAAAAUUGAAAAAAAGCCAGGUUGGAUAUGAGGAUGAAGUCGACGAAGAUGGUUGGGAAUAUGUGGAAGAAGGGCCCCCUGAAAUUAUCUGGCAAGGAAAUGAGAUAAUUGUCAAGAAGAAGAAAGUCAGGGUGAAAAAGAACAACACAGACCUGCAGAUUGUGAAAGAGUUGCAGGAUCCUAACAGACCUACAUCAAACCCCCUCCCUCCGCAAUCAGAAGCCUUUGCUGAUUACAAGAAUGAACCUAUUCUUUCAGCUAAACAGAUAUUAGAAAAUGUUGCCCAACAGACUCCUAACUUCGGAACAGAGCAGGACAAAGCUCAUUGUCCUUUCCACCUCAAAACAGGAGCUUGUCGCUUUGGAUCAUCCUGCAGCAGAAUUCACUUUUACCCUGAUAAGUCUUGUACAUUGCUUAUCAAGAACAUGUACAACGGCCCUGGCCUAUCCUGGGAGCAGGAUGAGGGGCUCGAGUAUACUGAUGAGGAGAUUGAACGUGCUUAUGAAGAGUUUUACGAGGAUGUACACACUGAAUUUUUGAAAUUUGGGGAGCUUGUAAAUUUCAAGAGGGUGUCAGACUUCAACGAUGUCAAUUUCCAGGUGUGCAGAAAUGGUUCAUCUCAUUUGCGGGGAAACGUAUAUGUGCACUAUAAGUCCUUGGAUUCUGCUGUGCAGGCUUAUCAUUCAAUAAAUGGUCGUUAUUUUGCUGGAAAACGGGUGCAAUGUGAGUAUGUUGGGCUAACUAGAUGGAAGAUUGCUAUAUGCGGGGAGUUCAUGAAAUUAAAGCUUAAGUCAUGUUCACGUGGAACCGCGUGCAAUUUUAUCCACUGCUUUCGUAAUCCUGGUGGAGAUUAUGAAUGGGCUGAUUGGGAUAAACCGCCCCCAAAAUUUUGGGUGAAGAAGAUGGUUGCUUUAUUUGGUUAUUCAGAUGAAUCUGGUUACAAUAAACAGACUGAGAAUGAAAGCCCAAGACUGCACUGUAAUUCUGGCAGAAUGUCGACAUAUGACGAAGACAGAUACCACUAUCAAAGAUCUCAAUCAAGAGAAAUUGAUUAUUCAAGAAGAAUCUCAAGAAAGUACUCAGAUGAGUACGACAUCGGAAGAAGUGCGCCUCGAUUCCGGCAUGGAAGUGCUGAUAAAAAGAGGCCAGAAAUUCUUGAAGAAAAACACUGUAAAGGCACAUCAAGUUCUAGAAAGACGCCAUGUGGCAAGUUCCCAUUUAGCGAUUAUGAUUCUGAUAGAGAUAGGUUGGGCAGAGACAGCGGUAGAAGUGGGCUCUUUGACAGCUCGAGCAAAAACUCUCGACACCACCGUAAUGGAAAAUUGGAAUAUCAAGGUGAUCAAAGUGACAAGCAAAGCACAGAAGAGACUGAUUUCAAUGUAAAUUUGUCAGACUGGGACAGAGACAAAGGUAGUCACCUUGCACAUGAAAGGAAGAGCAGAAGACAUGGAAAGAGGAGAUCUGGAAUCCUGGAUAAAGAUUGUAGUAGGGAUUGGCUGGAUGAUAAUAGAGACACAACUAUGUGCAGAAGUGACACAAUGAGAAGUACAAGACGUCACGAUGUGCUAGACGAUCGUUGGGAUGAUAGAAGCAGAAACUAUGACAAUGAGUUGAACGGUGAUUGUUGUGAUGAUCAUGGGGCAUCAGCAAUGACUGCGAUUGAAUCUGAAGAUGCAGAAUCUGAUGCACAAAAGGCUCAUAAAAAGCACUCAAACUGUGGGGAUAAGAGAAAAUCCGACAGUUAUGAUCGAAAUUAUAAAUAUUCUGAUUCUAAUUCUGAUUCAAGCUCUGGACCAUUGAGAUCUGAGAAACGAUUUCCUAAGAAAUCAAUAGGCAAGCAAGAUACUGACAAGAAUUCUGAUUCUGAAAGUCCAGUUCAGUAUCCUGAGGAAAAAGAAUCGCAUACUUACUAUGGAGAAGAUGUUGACAAAAGAGGCCGCUGGGAACCCGAUGAGGGCAUCUUUUAAGCACGAUACAUCUAGAAGAAAGUCACAUGGCGAGGAUCUCCUUGAGCCUCUCCCCGGCUUUACAAUAUGGUGAAUGCCUUGAAUCUCCACCUCACAACGUUUUCGUGGAUGUUCACGGUUUUGAUCAGAUGAUAGAGAACAGAGUUUUGCAUGGAAGAAUAUUUGAUGCUAGGAGAAUUGUCCUGUCUCAGUUUGACUAUUUGUUUGGUUUCUUCAUCCGUGUUUGAUUAUUUGUUUGGUUUCUUCAUCCUUGUAUUGAACUUUUUUUUUUUUUUCGGAUAAUUAGUAAUGUGUGGAAAUUCGGCUGAA